AUGGAACAGGAGACAAAUGUCGUUAAACCUAUACGGUGCUUGUUUACACCGUUAGAGAAUAAAUUAAACUCAAAUCUACGGAAUAGCAACAGCAGCGAAGUGAGUCGAAGAAUCAUCAAUCAACGGAUAUUGACUCAGAUAUGUCAGAAAAAUGUAGAAGAAUUUCGUCAAUGUUACAACUUCGAUUUGAAUCUCAUGAAACCUGUCGAUACUGAGAACAACAAUGACCACCAUGAAAGUGAUCAAGAAAAUCAACGCGAAGCUCAAUCUACAUACAAAUACCUGUGUCACCAACAACGAAGCGAUCAAAAACAAACACACAAACAAAUAUGGAACUGGGAAGAGUUGGACAGCAGGAAAACUUAUAUCCCACCGUUCUAUUUAAGUAGUGGAUAUCAUUCAGAUAGUUAUCUGCUACAACCUGAUUGUGUAAGGAGCUCAGUACCACCAAAUACUCCCUGUAAGGGUACAGUGAAAUCGUUUCGAAAUUGUUCAGGCAAUAAACUUGAUUCGUCUCAUGUAUUCGUAUCACAGGGUUCAUUAGUGUCGAGUGAAACAGAUGAGACUGAACCACAACAAGCGAACCCACUUACUUGCAAUUCAUUACCAUCAGUGCUACCAGUGUUGCGUGUAAACAGUCGGCGAAUCAGGCAGACAUUAUACGAAACGGGAUUGUCUAUUAGGACUUCAAAGCGUGCGAAUGAUGUACUUGUAAGGAGUAAAAGUGAAGAGAUGGUUGGUCAGAAAAAUAAUUCACAACCCGUUGAACACUUCAAUCACAGCACUUUUAUCUAUUCUACUCACCUAUUACUGGAGAAUUCAGCACAAAGUCAGUCUCGAAAUGAUGAGGCAUUUGUUAACAAAGUUGGAGCAUGUUUAAAUCCGGAUAAGAAGAUGAAUACCGCCUCUACUGUAUCGAGGAAUUCUAAUUUGAGGCAAUUAAAAUUAACCGAUAUAUUUCCAGUAUAUAAGACUGUGAAAUCCUGUCGACCUUGUCUUAAUCCAUAGUUGUGAGUCUACAAAUAACAAGUUCCCAAGUUCAGAAAUUUCUACAUCGUGUGAUGUAUAAACUGUUUUUUUCUCUGAGAAAUCCAGUUUCACCACUAGUGAAUUUGUCAGAAGACAGAGUCAAGCACAAUCUUA